AUGGAUGGACUCAUAGACAAAGUAUGCAACUGUCCUGAUCAAUACUGCUGCCUAGAACAAGAUGAUUGCGAUAAGAGGAGGGCGUACGACGCCCAGCUCGUCGCUGCCCUUCGAGGCAACCAGGUGCCGGACGAGGAACACCUUGAUAAUCAAUUUCACGCGCCCAUUUGUCUCAUUCGAGGCAUCCGCCGUCACUAUGAGUUUGCAGCAAGCUCUGCCGUGAAGGAUGUUUGCGCCUCACGUUCAGCUCUUGCUCGCGCCCGCAACGCUCGUCUUAUCAUGAGCGACGUGAUACCUGGGCCCGAAGACAUGGACGACUCUGACCAGACCAGACAACCCUACUGUAUCUGGAACCCGGAUUUUGCGGCCGAGGAUACCUAUCGCCAGCUAGCACAGCGCUUCCCAUCCAUGCGCUAUCAGGUAGGGCGCGCCUGCGCCGCUGCUGGAUACGAUGGUCUAUACGCCGAACUAGGUCUGUUACCGGAUGUUUCAAUCGCCGAGGAGGCGCGGGAGAGCGAUACACCGGGCGGACAGGCCAUAUUCAAGAUGAUAAUGGCCUUUCCCUGCCGUUAUGCUAUUAUGGAUGACCCCGAGCGGUCCAUCAACCUCGAUAGCGAGAACCCGGGUCCUCCCGCGUUCCUGAAUGGCGACACAAUGGUGCGGUGGAGACUUCAACGACGUGAGGAGUUGAACCCAAGGGUAUACAAUUAUAGACCGUGGAGGAGGAUUUGGGACUGGAGCAUUGAAGAAGACAACUUCAUUAGCGAGCAGGAGUCAUCCUGGCCUGACAAGUACAACAUCCUCACUAACGAGGAGGUUCAACUUCUCUACACUCCCCUUCCCCAGGAUCUACCAACUAUGAAGAAAGACCUCCUCGUUCAAAUGGCAGCUCACGAUGGCAAUAUAGAUCGCUAUGCGCGCCUGGCACCACGCUGGCCGAUGAAAGAAGAGGAGGUGAUCUGCGUGCUACGGGGAAUUUACCACAAUACAAUGUUUGCACGUUUUUGGGCCGACGAGAUCAAACGAAACCCUCGACGUGUGCAAGUACUCAAACCCUGGCAGUUAGACUCAAUCAAGGAGGCCAUAUUUGCUCGCCGCAUUAUGGUUAAUGACAUUGAGGCAUUCAAUAACGGAUGGCCGGAUGGUGAGCCACAACCAGAUGUUAUCUGGAAACCCUUGCAGCCACAUGAACAUACCCUCAAUCUGCUCGCGAAGAAAGUUCCCUCCAUGAAAAAGACAGCUGCCCUUGCAUGCAUAUUCUGUGACUACGAAGAAGCAUACAAGGAGAUCAACUGCACGCCGCACCCCGACCUCGCCACGGCAGCCAAACAAUCCCGUAACCCAUUUUACCUUCGAGACAUUGAGCAAAAGGUUGCCGAACAGGGUAUUGACCUUUUUCAGCGCUACCGUGAGCCGUCAUGGUUAAGUGAGAACAUGGAGGUCCUAAGGUCAUAUAGCAUGCCACUACGGUUAGAAGCAGGUAUAUCAGUGAGGGCCGGUUGGGGGGGGGCCUGUUGGAGCGAGCGCUAUAACGGUGUUUAUCGUGAGGAACUAUCAGAUUCGCCAGUUGAAAUAUUUGUCUGGUUAUCACCUGAGAAGCUCCAGAUGAUCGACCUUUGCGAGCAAAUAUAUCCCGAGCUGUCCUAUUCGGGGUUCGAUUUGGACUGGAGGGAUUAUAUUGAAUACGCCAGAAGGCGCGAAGAAAAGAUCAAAGAAAGGGCGGCAGAGGAGGAGGCCCGGGCGGCUAGGACGGCUAGGCGUCCCGGAGAGAGCACAGAGGCUUGGAAUGCCAGGAAAGGUGCACAGUGGAUAGAGAACCGCAUCGCCACGCGCAUGGGAAGACGCAAAGAUGUUGAAUAUGCUAGAAGUGCCAGAGCAAAGUAUCAAGCCAUUGUGGCCAGAGAGGAGAGAGAGGCCAAGGAAAGUGUUGAAAAACAGGAGGCCGAACAGGGCGUUCCCCCUCCAGAGCCAAGUGUCAGGGGGGACUGA